UCAUCCUUCAUCGAACCUUGGACCAGUCAGCAGUGGUAUCAACAAACCGGAUUUCGUUGGUGAAACGCUGCCCACCAGGGGGCGAAGAGUUCGUAGUCGUCGCCUACAAAGAGCGUCGACAGGGGCUGCACGGGUCCUAAGACUGCGUGUGCUCCGCCGGCCACUAGUGCGCACCUUACUUGGAGAUGCCACUGAAUCGUUGCUAUUGUUGCCUGGGGCGUCAAGAGUCACACCUCAGUCAAGUGGCAAUCUUUAUAAAGACGACAGGUCUUCCUUCGGACUGGCCUUCAGAUGAGGUUCGGAAGACAACCACCAAACAGUACAACAACCAAGCAACCUUUAUCGAUACUUUCCCAAAUCAACCCAACGAAUCGAAAGGCAUCCAACCAUCAUCAAAAUGACCAACCAUAGAUCUUCAGAGUCUAGUCGGAAGUCAUCGAGAAAGACCACGACGUCCUCAGCUUCAUCGCCGUAUGGCCCGGGCCAACCCUUCGUGACCACUCAGUACAACGGGUGGCCAGCAACCGCACCGGUAUAUGGACAAGCCGUAAACGGGCAACAGUACAUCUAUUCGGCCCCGUCGUCAACGUCUACGCCGCAGCACCCCUACACCGACAGCACGAGUCAGCCCUCAUGGGACAGUUCAUCGGGGAGUCAGGGUGGAAUGCAGUACAGCGAUCCCACCAGGGACGCAGAUGUGGCCUCUAGUCGGCGCGAAUGUGCUGAACACGCUCGGAAGCUUCAGGGCACCACUCAAACCCCUUCUGCUUAUCGACUCAACCACCAACAGCAGUUAACCAACUUCGAUCAGACGUUCGGAAGUCAACCAUCGACGACGACCCAGCCGUUUCAAUCGAGAUCUCCAUACGCCCAAAACCUCGAAAUCGACUCCACUACAAGCCAGAGCUCAAGCAGAAGGGACGACAGGCGCGGUGGUUCGUCCUCCUCCGGAAGCAAGCAUCAUUCUUCUUCGUCUCGUCGUCAUAAAUAGGGCGGACUGUUUACCACAUUUGUCCAGGUACGCAUCAUCAUUUGACACUUGUCGAUCUCUCUUCUGACUUUUCGUGUAUCAGU